UUUGAAGUUCUCUCUUCAAAUCAAAAUCUAAUUUUCUCUCUCCGUCUCUAUGUCGUUUUACAUAAAUAUCUGUCGUACUCUCUCUCUUUCUCAGCAUCUUCCAUUCAAAUCCUCUUUCUCUAGAUGCGUGAGUGGGGGUUCAAGAGUGAGUUUAUUAGUCCAAUUCUGAGAUGGGUUUCAGUUUGGGAUCAGUGGUGGUGAGAUUGGGGUUGAAAUCAGGAACUGAUGCAACCCCUGUUGAUUCUAUAACUUUGUGUGUGGCACUCCUUUGUGCCUGCAUUCUCAUCGGUCAUCUUCUCGAGAAGAAUCGAUGGAUGAACGAGUCAAUUACGGCCCUUUCCAUUGGCCUCUGUACUGGGCUUAUUAUCCUGCUAACCACAGAAGGAAAGAGCUCACACCUUUUUCUAUUCAAUGAACAGCUUUUCUUUAUAUAUGUUCUUCCACCUAUCAUUUUCAAUGCUGGUUUCCAGGUAAAAAAGAAACAGUUUUUUCGAAACUUUAUGACAAUCAUGCUAUUCGGUGCUGUUGGGACUUUAAUAUCCUUUAUCAUCAUAUCACUGGGUUCGGUGCAGUUAUUCAACAAAUUAAAUAUUGAUUUCUUGGACACAAUGGAUUAUCUAGCACUAGGAGCAAUAUUUUCAGCCACGGAUUCUGUUUGCACCUUGCAGGUGCUCAAUCAGGAAGAAACACCUUUGCUUUACAGUCUUGUCUUUGGAGAAGGUGUGGUAAAUGAUGCCACAUCUGUUGUGCUUCUCAAUGCAAUUCAACGAUUUGACCUCUCCCACAUUACCUCAAGCAUUGCUAUGAAGCUGUUUGGCAAUUUCUUAUAUUUGUUUGCUACAAGCACAUUGCUCGGUGUGGCAGUUGGAUUAGUAAGUGCUUACAUCAUAAAGAAAUUGUACUUUGGCAGGCACUCUACUGAUCGCGAAGUUGCUUUGAUGAUUCUUAUGGCUUAUCUUUCAUAUAUUAUGUCUGAGUUGUUCAAUUUAAGUGCCAUUCUCACCGUGUUCUUCUGUGGGAUUGUCAUGUCACACUACACCUGGCAUAAUGUGACUGAAAGUUCAAGAGUCACUACCAAACAUGCUUUUGCAACGUUGUCAUUUAUUGCAGAAAUUUUCAUCUUUGUAUAUGUUGGUAUGGAUGCCUUAGACAUUGAGAAGUGGAAAUUUGUGAGCAAGAGUCCUUGCAGAUCCAUUGGUGUGAGUUCAAUACUUCUUGGGCUAGUAUUGGUUGGAAGAGCUGCUUCUAUAUUUCCUUUGUCCUUUAUAUCAAAUUUGACCAGGAAGUCUCAAAGUGACAAAAUUGGAUUAAAGCAGCAGGUUGUAAUAUGGUGGGCUGGGCUCAUGCGAGGAGCUGUAUCUGUGGCACUCGCUUAUAAUCAGUUUACCAACUCCGGGCAUACUCUAUUGCCGGGAAAUGCCAUGAUGAUAACAAGCACCAUUUCAGUUGUUCUUUUUAGCACAGUGGUAUUUGGAUUAGUAACCAAGCCUCUUAUGAGAGUGUUGUUGCCAAAGACACAAUCAAGCAAUGAAUUAAGUUGUGAGUUAGCAGAUUCAGUUGAUUCAAAGUCUCUUGCUUUACCACUUCUUGGUAAUGGGAAAGAAAGAGAAUCAGAUGCCGAUAUUAAUAUUCCCCUUCCAACAAGCAAACGCAUGCUUCCGUGGGACCCAACUCAUACUGUCCAUCACUAUUGGCGGAAAUUUGAUGAUGCCUUCAUGCGUCCGGUGUUUGGCGGAAGAGGAUUUACACAAUAUGUUCCUGCCUCACCAACACAAUGGACUCUUCUUUGAUAUAUGGUAAGAAGAAGAAGAAGAAGAAGAAGACAAGGAGGAAACAGGGUAAUGCAUAAAAACAAGUUGUGGUUGAUAGUAUUAUAUGAAUACAAGUUUUCUUUUUUCUUUUUUUUUAAAUUUACAUAAUCAAAUGAUACUAAAUUAUAUUUAUUUAUAAUCAUAUAAAAUAUAAAAAAUAAAAUAAAAUUAUAUAUUUAUUAAUAA